AUGGACAGCUUGCAGGAGGUGUUCCAGAAGGUGGAGAAGAUCGGGGAGGGCACCUACGGGGUGGUGUACAAGGCUCGCCACAGGCGCACGGGGCAGCUGGUGGCCCUCAAGAAGAUCCGCCUGGACUCGGAGACAGAGGGUGUCCCCAGCACUGCCAUCCGAGAAAUCUCACUGCUGAAGGAGCUGAAGCAUCCCAACAUAGUCAGGCUCCUAGAUGUCAUACACAGCCAGAAUAAGCUCUAUCUGGUGUUUGAGUAUCUGAAUCAGGACCUGAAGAAAUACAUAGACUCAUCUCGAGCUGGAGAGAUUCCUUUAAGCUUGGUCAAGAACUACCUUUUCCAGCUGCUCCAGGGUGUGAGCUUCUGCCACUCGCACAGAGUCAUCCACAGAGACUUGAAGCCGCAGAACUUGCUCAUUAACGAAGCAGGAACAAUCAAGCUGGCUGAUUUUGGACUGGCACGAGCCUUUGGAGUCCCCCUGCGCACAUACACUCACGAGGUGGUGACUCUAUGGUACCGAGCACCUGAAAUCCUGCUGGGAUGCAAAUACUAUUCAACUGCUGUGGAUAUCUGGAGCAUUGGCUGCAUCUUUGCAGAGAUGGUGACCAGGAAGGCUCUGUUUCCAGGGGACUCCGAGAUUGAUCAGCUCUUCCGGAUCUUUCGCACCCUGGGCACUCCCACCGAGGCAACCUGGCCGGGGGUGACCCAGCUGCCUGACUACAAGAGGGACUUUCCCCGGUGGGCAAGAAAGGAGAUGAAAGAAAUUAUUCCCAACUUAGAUCGAGAUGGUAGAGACUUACUGAUGCAAUUGCUCCUCUACGACCCCAGCAGGCGCAUCUCAGCCAAGGCGGCCCUCAGCCACCGCUACUUCCUCUGGAGAAGCCCUCCGAGCCCUGAAGAGCAAUGCGUGCUGCAGAGACACUGCAGAUGAGAAGACAGCUCUCCUGGUUCGCCUGCACCUCUGGGUAGCAGUGCAAGUUUGGUUUGGAGCACUUAGCUGGGGCUCAGUGCCCCACCUCUCCUGAGAAACCUGGAGCGGAGUGUUCUUGCGUUUAGACUCUCGGCCUGUUGCCGGGGGCAGGUUUGUCCGGGUUACAGCCAGUAGAGCUGUUUUGAAGAGGCCACACGCAGAAGCGAGGGGGAAUUUAUCAGCAGAAAACACUGACAUGCAGGUGAGAGAGCAUCUUCCAGAAGGGUGUUCUCGCAUCGUUCAUCGAGCUAGAGUUAACACUCGGUGAGUUCAAUUCGCUCAGCACUGGGGCGUUGCCAGGUCUGCGGUGGCAGUGUCUGACACCAGGGCGUGCUGGAGCUCCACUGUGGGCAGGGGAGCGCUCCUCUGCUGCUGUUGCCACAGCCUGGGCUUGUCAACGCUAGGCAAAUUACUUAAUCCGAGCUGUUAACAGAGCUGACACUCUGCUGCUCCGCAAACUGAAAUGCACUAUCAGGUGGCUUAAUUCGUGCCUUAGCUGGGAUCAAGAAGCCAAAGGCUCUCGGUAACCACGCGUUGCGUAUGGCUGGAAGCAGUAAGAGCUGAAAUGCAGCUUUCCCAUCACCAGCCCAGAUGUACUGCUGUGUCCUUUGCUUUGCUGCCUUGGAAACGUUUACUGCUGUUCAAAUGUUCACAUUUUGCUGCGGGUUUGACAUCUCCAUUCUUUUCCUUUCUGUACAGAAGAAAAGUAAAGGCUUGUUGCAACUUCAGAAACCUUGGUGCUUAUUGUUUGGCACUGCCCAGCAGGCUGGUCACACAGAACAGUCUGCCUGGUCCUUCUUUCCACGCAGCUCUUCUCCAUUCCUCGCCUUCUGCAGUCUUUAUUUUAUCCUUUCCAGCCCAAAUCCUUGA